AUGGCGGCCCAGCGGAGAGACGCGUUGCCUCUGGAUCUCCAGUUCCGGGCUGGGCUGGAACGAGGGGCGAAUUUAGCCCUGAAAAUGGAAGACGCGGAGCCGGCGGGCUUGAAGCAAGAGGUGGAAUUGGAGGGGCAGGGUGCCAGCCCCAGUGCCGGCCAGACGGGGUCCGACAGGCAAGGCCCAAGAUGGAGAGGACCGCAGCACAUCAAACAAGAACCAGAGGAUGGGAUGUCGUCGCAGCAGUGGGAGGCACAAUGGCAGGAGUUUCUGGGUGGGGUGCAGUCUCCUCGCUCGGGAUGGGGGUCCCGACAGCUUCCGGGCACCACCUCGUGGGGGGACAUGAAGGCACCCGUGGCGCAUUUUGACGGGGGAGCCACGACCAGCCACCGGCCCGCGGAAGGGCACUUCAUCCCCCCACCGGCCGGCUUUGACAGGACGGGGCCACCGGCCACCCGAGAUCAGAGGAAAGUGAAGGAGGAGAUGGAGAGCAGCGAGGACCCCACCGGCACCGAGACGAACCGCCAGCACUUCCGGCAGUUCCACUACCAGGAGGCCGAGGGUCCCCGCGAGGUCUGCAGCCGCCUCUGGGACCUGUGCCAGCAGUGGCUGAAGCCGGAGAGGCACACCAAGGAGCAGAUCCUGGAGCUGCUGGUGCUGGAGCAGUUUCUGGCUGUCCUGCCCCCGGAGAUGGAGGGCUGGGUCAGGGAAUGCCGCCCUCACAAUUGCGCCCAGGCGGUGGCCCUGGCAGAGGAUUUCCUGCAGAGGCACCAGGAGGAGGGCAGGCAGGACCAGAAGGUGAGGAGGUCCGCUUCCAGAUGGGGGGCCACAUCUGCACAAUACAUUCAAAGCCCUCUUAUACCACUCGAAUCAUUGUGGCCUCCUCCAGAAGCGCCCUGGGAACUGUAGUUUGUUCAGGGUGCUGAGAGCCGUUAGGCGAUCCCAUACCCCUCACAGCGCUACAGUUCCCAAAGUUCUCUGGGGAAAGGGAUUAAGCCACUCUGGGAAUUGUAGCUUUGUGCGUGUGUCUCCUAACAACUGUCAGCACCCUUAAGAAACACUGGUUGUCAUUUUCUGUUUUAAAGCGCCGGGUGAAAACUUUCCGUUUUACCUCAGUCCCUUGGUUUGAAAGGUUUUUAAGUAUUUGUGGCCUCUUUUAGUAGGGAAGGAUCUGUAAGACCUGUCUUUUACUUGUGCAGAUGUGGGUUUUUAAGCUUUGGCUGUGUUUUAUCAUAAUUGAUGUUAGCAUUUCUGUUGCGCCUGUAAGUCACGGAGCCAUUUCCGCGAGGAAAACGACUAAAUGACAACAACAAACAAACUACAGUUCCAAAGAGCCUUUGGGGGAAGCAGGACCAUCCUAAGACAUUUUGCUGCCCAAAGUUAAUUUAAUUUUUUUUUUUUAAAAAAAUAAUAGUUAAAUUGAUAAUUAAUGGUUUCGAGUUAACUGUGGGCCUUAAGGUGAGCAUGGUUUCUGAUUGUACUAAAUUGCUAGUGUUAAUGAGAACGAAAAGGGAUUGUGGAGAUGUCUAAUCUCUUCAAACUGAGUGAACGGGCAAUAAAAUGUCAAAUGCAAUUCAGUGCAAACUAUAUAUACUCAUUGGGGCAAAAUGUUGUUGUUGGUGUUGUUGUUACAGUUUAUUACCUGCCCCUCUCCUUAAGGUCCCAGGGUGGCUUACAACAAAUAAAACACACCAUUAAUAUUGAAACACAAGAUUGCACAACACUAGAAACCCGUUUAAAGCAACUUAGAAUUACAAAAAUACAAAAUACAAAAAUAAGGAUGCUGACCGGGAACUGACCAGGAGCAUUUACAGUAAAUAGCUCGACGAAGGGUGCGGCAGCUGUGGGGAAAGGCAAAUUCCACCUAAGGGAUCAUGAAGAGAAAUUGGAAAUAAAACUGCCGCUCUCAUGACACUGUUAAACAAAUCCGUGGCAGUUCUGGUCUCCUCACCUCAAAAAGGAUAUUGUAGGUCCAGAAUAGGGCAACUGAAAUGAUGAAGGCGAUGGAGCAAAGAUUUUGAGGAAAGGGUACAAGGUUUGGGGUUUAGAGAAAAGCUGGCAAGUAAUAGGAGACAUAGUAAAGGUGUAAAAACUUAUUCAUGGUGUGAAGAAUGUGGAUGGGGAGACACACAUAUGCCCCAGUAGCACUAGACCUUGUAGGUCAGGCAUGUCCAACUGGACGUCUGUGGUAGAUAGUGGUAGAUCUCAGCUACCCUAAAAAAAGCUCAAUAACUUUGACCUGAUCUGACCUGAUCACUGCCAGUUUUUAAUUCUGUGAGUACCGGAUUUUUCGCUCUAGAGGACGCACCGGACCAUGGGACGGAGCCCUCUGUCUCGCUGUUCUGGCUUGGGAACAGACUUUCUAGCCUCUGCAGGGCAGCGGGGUGAAGGCACCCCGCUGCCCUGCAGAGGCUUUGCGCAGCUAACCCCAAGCAGUGCUCCGUCUCCCUGUUCUGGCUUUGGGCUUAGCGGCGCAGCCUGCAUUCGCUCUAUAGGACGCACACACAUUUCCCCUUAAUUUUUGGAGGGGAAAAAGUGUGUCCUAUAGAGUGAAAAAUACGGUAGAUUGCAGUCUCUUGGGAGUUGGCCACCCCUGUCGCUGGUGGACCAUGAAGCUAAAGAAAGUCCUUCUUCACACAGUGAAUUUGCUGCCCCAAAGGCAGCAAUGGCCUGGGAAUAAUUCGGCCACUUGCUCGUUGAGGCACUCUCCCUCCAUCUGGGCUCCAUCUGGGGAGGAAGGGCGGGGUAUAAAUUCACGAAAUAGUAACGAUCUUGACAAAGCAAAAUAAAAUGCUCGCUGCUAUUUUCAGGGCCCAGGGAUGUUCCAUGUGGUGACCGUAAAUUUCCCCGACGCUGAGCACGCGGUGAGCAGGAGCGCAGAAAGGCAGCUUGGGAGGCCCGUCAAGGAGGAAGUUGAAGAAGACGACCACUCCGUGGGUAAGGGAUUCUCCUGACCGAGGAGCAAAGUGGCUCACCUGUAGCCUGUCAGAUGCUGCUGGAGCACAGCUCCCGUCAUCCCUGAACAACAGCCAGGCUGGCUGGGGGCUGAGAGGAGUUGGAGUCCCGGAAUGAGGAACCCAAUGUCUUCCAGGCACUGCUGGACUACAGCUUCCGUAAACUCUGGCCAUCUGAAGUGCUGCUGUUAAGCCAUUCCUGCUGUGUAGAUUUGCAGAGUCGGAAGGGCCUUCAAGGGCCAUCUAGUCCAACCCCUUGUGAUGCAGGAAUCUUUUGCACAACAUGAGACUCGAACCCAUGACUCCGGGAUUAAGAGUCUCAGGCUUUACCGACUGAGCUAACCCAGCAGCUGCAUAUGUGUGUGUCAAAACUCAGGAGUCUUGAGACCUGGUUUAUACCAAACGUGCAGGUGGGUUGUAUGUUUAUUUCGGAGCAAACACUUCGAGCUACAGAGGGGUUCAGAUGGGCACGUUUUCCCCAUUUGUACAUCGUUCAUGCCCGUCAGGGAUUAGCCCUGCCCAGACCUUGACCCUUAAGAAGAAGCAGAUCUCCACACUGCCCUGAGAAGCCAUUGGAUUUAGACGUCGCUGCACCCAGUGAUGGACACUGGGGUCUCCAGUUUCAGCAGCGCCCUGUGCAGUGCCCAAAUUCAGUGCUCCCUUAAAAGGGUAACAGGGCUUAGUGAGCGGGGAGAGUCUGUGGCAGAGAGUAGCCCAGAAUCAGGCAGAAGCUGAAGCAGGAGAGGAGGAAGGACAAGAGGCAGAGAUGGGUCAGGCUGAUGAAGAGGCACAUGUAUCUCCCGCUCCUGCUGCCAGAAGCUCCCCUCUGAUUCCCAGAACCAGGAGAGGCAUGAAGCAGGGGAAGCAAAGGCUGGCACGCAGGCACAGUCUCCGAUUGCUUAGGGAGAACCCUGGAGAGGAGGCACAGACCUUCAGCCUCGGCAACUGCUUCACGGGGCCAAGACCUGCGUUGCUGUGCUCAUUAGGCUCAACACUCAUGUGUGGAUCCUGUUUUGCUAAUAAAAGGUUUUGCUAAUAUAGGGACUCAGGUGGCAUUGUGGUCUAAACCACUGAGCCUCUUGGGCUUGCUGAUUAGAAGGUCGGCAGUUCAAAUGGGUGAGCUCUUAUUUCCCUAUACCGGCUUCUGUCAGCCUAGGAGUUUGAAAGCGUGCUAGUGCAAGUAGAUAAAUAGGUACCACUGUGGCGGGAAGGUAAACAGCGUUUCCAUGCGCUCUGGCUUCCGUCACAGAGCUGCCUGUGGACAAACGCCAGCUCCCUCAGCCUGAAGCGAGAUGAGCGCCGCAACCCCAUACAGUGGUACCUCGGGUUAAGAACUUAAUUCGUUCCGGAGGUCCGUUCUUAACCUCAAACUUUUCUUAACCUGAAGCACCACUUUAGCUAAUGGGGACUCCUGCUGCCGACGCACCACCGGAGCACGAUUUCUGUUGUCAUCCUGAAGCAAAGUUCUUAACCCGAGGUACUAUUUCUGGGUUAGUGGAGUCUGUAACCUGAAGUUUCUGUAACCUGAAGCAUCUGCAACCCGAGGUACCACUGUAGUUGCCUUUGGCUGAACGUAACUGUCCAGGGGUCCUCAGUGUGAUUUACUGCUGACUCGCUCCUGUCAGACCCCGAGGGACAUCUAGUCCAACCCCCUACGACGCCUGCUUUCUGCAGGGGUACACAAACCUAACUUGUGUUCGGAUUGUCUUUUUUUCUUCCAGCAGAUGAUGGGCAAAUCAACGAGAAUGAGGCGAACAGGUGGAAAACCCUUCAGGGAGCUGAAUCUCACGGGCUCUCGGCAGAUGGGACGGAAUCCGCCGGCCGUUUCCGUGAAAUGGAAGAGAGCUACAAGGGUCAGGGCGGGCCCGAGGGGCAUCACGAGAACGGCCCAGAAGGGGCCACCACGGAAGGGCCCCCGCCGGGAGAGAAGCAGUCGCUGUGCUCCAACUGCGGGGGGAGUUUCAACCCCAGCUCGGGGUUCCUCGGGCCGGAGGGCUUCCCUCCGGGGGCCAACCCCUACAAGUGCUCCGUGUGCGAGAAGAGCUUCUGCCAGGUGGCCAAGCUCAUCGCCCACGAGCGCCUGCACACGGGCGACUGGCCCUACAAGUGCUCCUUCUGCGGGAAGAGCUUCAACCGCAGCUCGGACGUCUCCCGGCACGAGAGGAUCCACACGGGCGAGAAGCCCUUCAAGUGCGCCACGUGCGAGAAGUGCUUCAGCCAGAGGUCCAAGCUGAUCGUGCAUGAGCGCUUCCACACGGGCGACAAGCCCCACACGUGCUCCUACUGCGGCCGGAGCUUCCACCAGAGGUCGGACCUGGUCAAGCACGAGAGGAUCCACACGGGCGAGAAGCCCUACAAGUGCUCCGACUGCGGCGGCAGCUUCCACCGCAGCUCGGACCUGGUGAAGCACAAGUGGAUCCACACGGGCGAGAGGCCCUACAAGUGCUCCACGUGCGAGAAGAGCUUCCGCCAGCGCUCCGCCCUCCUCUACCAUGAGAGGACGCACACGGGCGAGAAGCCCUACACCUGCACCGCCUGCGGCAAGGGCUUCAGCUGCAAGGCUCACCUCGUGCUCCACAAACGGACCCACACCGGCGAGAAGCCCUACAAGUGCAACUUCUGCGGGAAGAGCUUCACCACCAGCUCGUACUUCGUGAAGCAUCAGAGGAUGCACCUAGGGCAGGAGGCCUUGCCCGUGCUCUGA